AUGUCGGGGACAAUUGAUGGGUUCCUCUUCUCUCUGAGUAAAGCAUUUUGUAGUCCUCUCGCUGUUUUUAUUCAGAUCCAGGGAUGUCUAAUUUGCUUAACUCUUGCUUUGGGGUGGGCUUGUGCCGCUUAUGUCAGGAAUAGAGAGAUCAAAUGGAUAAAAGAUAGUAUGAGAGCUGGCAACAGCUUUGCAUUUCUUUGUCGAGAUAUUAAUGAGCUUGAGCACUCUAAUCAGACCAAACUACCUACAGUUACAGUGGUUAUGCCUUUAAAGGGGUUUGGAGAACAUAAUCUACACAAUUGGAGAAGUCAAGUAACAUCUCUUUAUGGAGGUCCUCUAGAAUUCCUUUUCAUUGUGGAAAGUACAGAAGAUCCUGCUUACCAUGCUGUUUCUGCCUUAAUAUCAGAUUUAAAGGAUAAUAUCAAUGCUAGAAUUGUUGUAGCUGGCUUAUCAACGACUUGUAGUCAGAAAAUUCACAACCAGUUGAUUGGUGUGGAGCAAAUGCACAAAGACAGCAAGUAUGUAUUGUUUUUGGAUGAUGAUGUUAGGCUGCACCCUGGCUCAAUUGGAGCCCUAACUGCUGAGAUGGAAAAAAAUCCUGAGAUAUUUAUUCAAACUGGAUAUCCUCUUGAUCUACCUUCUGGGAGCUUAGGAAGUUACUGCAUCUAUGAAUAUCACAUGCCUUGUUCGAUGGGGUUUGCCACUGGUGGAAAAACAUUCUUUCUAUGGGGAGGGUGCAUGAUGAUGCAUGCUGAUGAUUUUAGAUAUGACCGCUGUGGUGUGGUAUCUGCACUACGAGAUGGUGGAUAUUCUGAUGACAUGACUCUUGCAGCUAUAGCAGGUGCUCAUAAGAGGCUCAUUACAUCCCCUCCUGUUGCUGUUUUUCCUCACCCCCUUUCUAGUGAUCUUAGCUUUUCAAGGUACUGGAAUUACUUGAGGAAGCAAACAUUUGUUUUGGAAUCAUAUGCAUCCAAGGUUAACUGGAUAAUGAACCGUGCAUUAUUUUCUACUCAUUGCUAUUUCUCAUGGGGAUUCGUGGUGCCAUACUUUAUGGCCAUGACCCAUGUUGCAGCGGCACUGCGAAUCUAUUUCCAAGGAUAUGUACUUGAGGAAACUACAUUUAUUUCCAAUGGGUUGUUACUGGUCACUUGCCUAGCUGCAUGCACCUCUACAGAACUUUUCUCAAUGUGGAACUUGACGAGGAUUGAAGUUCAACUAUGCAACUUGCUUUCCCCGGAGGCACCUCGACUCUCUCUUGCUACUUAUAACUGGGUCCUAGUAUUUAUUGCAAUGCUGGUGGAUAACUUUUUAUAUCCAAUAUCUGCCUUCCGUUCCCAUUUUUCUCAGUCUAUCAAUUGGUCUGGUAUCCGGUACCACUUGAAGGAUGGAAAGAUAAGCAAGAUUGAAAGAAGCAAAGGAAUGGGCCCCAAGUACACAGACUUAGCGUGGAAAAAUUUAUAUGGGAAGAAGGGAGCUCCUCCCAAAACGUCAUUCCUUGGUGCUUUGCUUAGAAGUUUGGAACAGUGGAGACAACCUAAGAAAUUUGAUAGCUAG